CUAAAAACAACAGAGGGGAAACAGCCACCCCGUCUCCUUUAAUAGGGGCGACUGAACACUCCAAUAGAAAGGGACAUUAGAGGAAAAAGCGACCGUCUCUUGCUUUGGGGAUGCGCGUCAGGGGACCACGGUAGCCAAUCUGCUUGAGCACGUAGAUGCUCGUAAUUCACGAGCCCCCUUGCUGUCUCGCGCAGUGCUGUCUUUCCCCACAUAGCAGUGUUCUUGCUGACUCAGUGCCUUACAGCAGUGCUCCCCGUUCUCUCCACGCACCGACCAGAAACUGCGACGCACGUUCCCUCCAGUAGCCUAUAGCCCACUUCUUUCACCACCAACGCCGCUCCAGUAGCCUAGCCCACUUCUUUCACCACCAACGCCGCACAAACUGACAGACAUGGCUAAAACAGCAAUUGCGUACAAAGAGAAGAUGAAGGAGAUGUCUGUCCUGUCUCUCCUCUGCUCCUGCCUGUACCCAGAGACACGCAAGAACCUGGUGGGAGAGUUCCAAGCAGGCAUGGAGGUGAAGCCCAUCAACAAGCGUGCCUCUGGCCAGGCCUUCGAGGUGAUCCUGAAGCCCCCCUCUCCGGUGUCGGACACGGCUCACUGCGUCACCUCGCCUCCCAAGAAGGAUGUCUCUCUGGAGGACAUCCAGAAGAAGCUGGAGGCCGCUGAGGACCGGAGGAGAUCCCAGGAGGCCCAGGUUCUCAGGGCCCUGGCAGAAAAGCGGGAGCACGAGAGGGACGUGGUGAUGAAGGCCAUGGAGGAGAACAGCAACUUCAGCAAGAUGGCAGAGGAGAAGCUGACCAUGAAGAUGGAGCAGAUCAAGGAGAAUCGCCAGGCCUACCUGGCCUGCAUCAUGGAGCGCCUGCAGGAGAAGGAGAGGCAUGCCCAGGUGGUGCGCAGGAACAAAGAGCUGAGAGAAGAGCUAACAGCGUGAGCAGGCCAGGGGCGCCACAAACCAUCAUACCCCCCUACAGCCACCCUCCUGUACCCUCUACUCCUCCCUGCCCCCUCCCAAGGGACUCCCCUGACAACCCCACUUCUACAGCACCCCCAGCGGCAGAAGACCCCCCCCCCAAGAGUGAGGAGGAGGACCCACCGGAAACCCCACACCAACAGCAUUAGCAAAUGGGGGGGAUUGCAAAAAAAUUACCAAAAUGUCGCCCACUCCUCCCUAAUAAAUAAUGUUUUUGCUCGAUUUCAAAUGCUGAAAAAAGAAAAGAUGAAAAACCAACCAAGUUAAAGUGGGUAUUGUUUUUGUAAAUACUUAUUUUUUUGUUAUAUACAGUAGGAUAGUACAGCAGAAGUAUUUCAGUGGGCCAUUUUAGCAUUUUCUCUAUCUAUGGAUGUACUUUAUUUAAUUUUUUUCUCAAACAAAAAUCGUUUGCAGUUUCUCUCGUACUAUAAGGCUUCUGUGUUGUUGUGAGUUCGCCAGCUAGCCGACGUGCGUUUGCGCUGGUUAUCUUCUGACCAUGUCUGUUUCUGUAUCAGUCAGUCAGUCAGUCAGUCGGUGUGGGAAUGAUGAUAAUGCAGGCUGCUCAUUGACUCCCAGGAGAGAGACUAGUUAGACUUCAGGAGAAUACUAUAGCUUUUAUGAGCCGAUUCUCUCCUGCCUUCUGAUCUCCCACUCUCUUACAUAGAGUAGUUCAUUCACACACACGCACAUACACAGACUGAGGAAUUUGGCAAACAUGACAUGUCGUUUAAGAGGAGCUUGCUAAAUUCUGUCAGUUGGGCAUCGCAGAAGUCACAUGACAUCAUUGGUUCAUACCGGGAUGUCACAGAAGGGUGUUAUGGUCCUUUCUCGUUCCCAAGACCCCCCAGCGUCAUCUGUCAAUCACUCUCUCAGCAUGUACUGUAUGUACCAUCUUAGACGUGUAGAUAAUGUAAUCGUGCCUAGAAUACUACAAGCUCAUAUAGCGGUUAACGCAUAAGCAAUGGUAGAUCACUAAGUAACAUCCAUGUCCUUAAAUAGGCUAAUGGGCCCUCUCAGCUCUUUCAUGUUGUGCCACAGAGGAACCAAGCCAAAUGCUACUACGGAGGUUUCACUCUCUCUGGAGAAUCAUAGUUUGACUCUCUCACUAUUGAGAAUGAGUCAUUGUACCGUCGUCUCUUAACUGUGUUCGGCAAACUAUGGCACAGCAGAACAAGUAGGUAACAUGUAAGACGUGAGAAGACAACCAGCACACAGACAUAUAAUAACUGCUAGAAGAUCCUGACAUGACAAUGGAAGACAAAGGGUGUGUGUUUCAGUAGGGGUGGAUGUGUGUGUGUUUCAGUAGGGGUGGGUGGAUGUGUGUGAGAGUGUGUGUUUCAGUAGGGGUGGGUGGAUGUGUGAGAGAGUGUGUGUUUCAGUAGGGGUGGGUGGAUGUGUGUGAGAGUGUGUGUUUCAGUAGGGGUGGGUGGAUGUGUGUGAGAGAGUGUGUGUGUUUCAGUAGGGGUGGAUGUGUGUGUGUUUCAGUAGGGGUGGGUGGAUGUGUGUGAGAGUCUGUGUUUCAGUAGGGGUGGGUGGAUGUGUGUGAGAGUGUGUAUGUUUCAGUAGGGGUGGGUGGAUGUGUGUGAGAGUGUGUGUUUCAGUAGGGGUGGGUGGAUGUGUGUGAGUGUGUGUGUUUCAGUAGGGGUGGGUGGAUGUGAGAGAGUGUGUUUCAGUAGGGGUGGGUGGAUGUGUGUGAGAGAGUGUGUAUGUUUCAGUAGGGGUGGAUGGAUGUGUGUGAGAGUGUGUGUUUCAGUAGGGGUGGGUGGAUGUGUUUGAGAGUGUGUGUUUCAGUAGGGAUGGGUGGAUGUGAGAGAGUGUGUAUGUUUCAGUAGGGGUGGGUGGAUGUGUGUGAGAGUGUGUGUUUCAGUAGGGGUGGGUGGAUGUGUGUGAGAGUGUGUAUGUUUCAGUAGGGGUGGGUGGAUGUGAGAGAGUGUGUAUGUUUCAGUAGGGGUGGGUGGAUGUGUGUGAGAGUGUGUAUGUUUCAGUAGGGGUGGGUGGAUGUGUGUGAGAGUGUGUAUGUUUCAGUAGGGGUGGGUGGAUGUGUGUGAGAGUGUGUGUUUCAGUAGGGGUGGGUGGAUGUGUGUGAGAGAGUGUGUAUGUUUCAGUAGGGGUGGGUGGAUGUGUGUGAGAGUGUGUGUUUCAGUAGGGGUGGGUGGAUGUGUGUGAGAGAGUGUGUAUGUUUCAGUAGGGGUGGGUGGAUGUGUGUGAGAGUGUGUGUUUCAGUAGGGGUGGGUGGAUGUGUGUGAGAGAGUGUGUAUGUUUCAGUAGGGGUGGAUGUGUGUGUGUUUCAGUAGGGGUGGGUGGAUGUGUGUGAGAGUGUGUGUUUCAGUAGGGAUGGGUGGAUGUGAGAGAGUGUGUAUGUUUCAGUAGGGGUGGGUGGAUGUGUGUGAGAGUGUGUGUUUCAGUAGGGGUGGGUGGAUGUGUGUGAGAGUGUGUAUGUUUCAGUAGAGGUGGGUGGAUGUGUUUGAGAGUGUGUGUUUCAGUAGGGGUGGGUGGAUGUGUGUGAGAGUGUGUAUGUUUCAGUAGGGGUGGGUGGAUGUGUGUGAGAGAGUGUGUAUGUUUCAGUAGGGGUGGGUGGAUGUGUGUGAGAGUGUGUGUUUCAGUAGGGGUGGGUGGAUGUGUUUGAGAGUGUGUGUUUCAGUAGGGGUGGGUGGAUGUGUGAGAGAGUGUGUGUUUCAGUAGGGGUGGGUGGAUGUGUGUAUGUUUCAGUAGGGGUGGGUGGAUGUGUGUGAGAGAGUGUGUUUCAGUAGGGGUGGGUGGAUGUGUGUGAGAGAGUGUGUAUGUUUCAGUAGGGGUGGGUGGAUGUGUGUGAGAGUGUGUGUUUCAGUAGGGGUGGGUGGAUGUGUUUGAGAGUGUGUGUUUCAGUAGGGGUGGGUGGAUGUGUGUGAGAGAGUGUGUAUGUUUCAGUAGGGGUGGGUGGAUGUGUGUGAGAGUGUGUAUGUUUCAGUAGGGGUGGGUGGAUGUGUGAGAGAGUGUGUAUGUUUCAGUAGGGGUGUGCGCGUGUGUGUGCGCGUGUGCUGUUUCUCUGGUUUAGAGCUUAAUUAUACCAGCCAGGAUGUUGGAGCUGUAUAUCCAACCAUCCGUCACAUACUAAUGACAUCACAGCGUCCUGUCUGCGACAUCACAGGGUCCUGUCUGCGACAUCACAGGGUCCUGUCUGUGGUGAUGAAUCUGGCUGUCUCUCUCUCUUCCUGUUUGUGUGUUUUCCCCCUCCACAUAUAUCUUUGUGAGCAAGCUGUGGUAAUUAAAGGUUUCGGGUUCUGUGAAUGA